CGAGAGCUUCCCGGGGCCCGGGGGCCCUUUGGUUGAACAACAUGGCGCUGGUGGGUCCAGUCUCCCGCGCUCUUUCCGAGCGGUUGUCCCGGUGCCGGUUGCUGGUGGUGGGCGCGGGCGGCAUCGGCUGUGAACUCCUCAAAAACCUGGUCCUUACGGGCUUCAGGGACAUCGAGGUGGUGGAUUUAGAUACUAUCGAUGUAAGCAACCUCAACCGGCAGUUUCUGUUCCAGAAGAAACAUGUUGGAAAGUCAAAAGCUCAGGUGGCCAAGGAAAGUGCCUUAAAGUUCUGCCCUGAGGCCAGGAUUACAGCUCAUCAUGACAGUAUCAUGAACCCAGGUUAUAAUGUGGAAUUCUUCAGGCAGUUUACACUUGUGAUGAAUGCUCUGGAUAAUAGGGCUGCACGUAACCACGUGAAUAGAAUGUGUUUAGCUGCUGACAUUCCUCUUAUAGAGAGUGGGUCUGCAGGAUACCUCGGUCAAGUCACUGUUAUCAAAAAGGGAGUAACAGAAUGCUACGAGUGCCAGCCCAAACCAACACAGAAAACCUUUCCAGGUUGCACAAUCCGAAACACUCCUUCAGAGCCAAUCCACUGUAUUGUAUGGGCGAAGUACCUUUUCAAUCAGUUGUUUGGAGAGGAAGAUGCUGACCAGGAAGUAUCACCUGAUACAGCUGACCCAGAGGCUUCCUGGGAAUUGUCGGAUGCAGCAGCAAGGGCAGGAGCUUCCAAUGAGGACGGUGGCAUCAAACGUGUAUCUACAAAGGACUGGGCCAGAUCCACUGGGUACGACCCAGUAAAAAUAUUCAACAAGCUUUUCAGGGAUGAUAUAAAGUACUUGCUCACAAUGGACCAACUGUGGCGCAGGCGGAAAGCACCAGUACCAUUAGACUGGGCUGAAAUUGAAAAAUUUGAGACCAAUAUGUCGCUGCAGCAUGCAGGGGCCUCACAGGCUGGCUUGAAGGACCAACAGGUUCUGGAUGUGAAGAGCUACGCUUACCUAUUUGCACGGAGUGUUGAUCACCUCAAAGCCCGUCUAGCUGAGAAGGGAGAUGGAGGGGAGCUUGUCUGGGACAAGGAUGACCCCCCUGCUAUGAAUUUUGUGACUGCAGCUGCCAACCUACGGAUGCACAUCUUCAGCAUGAAUAUGAAGAGCAAGUUUGAUGUGAAAUCCAUGGCAGGUAACAUCAUCCCAGCGAUUGCAACCACAAACGCAGUGAUUGCCGGCUUGAUCGUGAUGGAAGGACUGAAGAUCCUCUCUGGGAAUCUGAAACAAUGCAGGACAAUCUUUUUGAAUAAGCAGCCCAAUCCUCGGAAAAAGUUGCUGGUUCCAUGUAUCCUGGACCCUCCAAAUCCAACCUGCUAUGUAUGUUCCAUCAAACCUGAAGUCACAAUCAAACUCAACACUCAGAAAGUCUCCAUCCAAGUGUUGCAAGACCGGAUUUUGAAGGAUAAAUUUGGGAUGGUAGCUCCGGAUGUGCAGAUAGAAGAUGGCAAGGGAACAAUCCUCAUCUCCUCUGAGGAGGGAGAGACAGAAGCAAACAACAACAAGAACCUUUCCGAGUUUGGGAUCCGCAAUGGAAGCCGCCUCCAAGUAGAUGAUUUCUUACAGGACUACACUCUGACUGUAACCCUUUUGCACAGUGAAGAUCUGGAGAAGGACAUAGAGUUUGAAGUGGUUGGAGAUGCUCCUGAAACAGCUCCUCAAAAGCCAAAUGAGGAAGAUGGCAAGGCCAUUACCAAUGGCAGUGAUGAUGGAGCACAGCCUUCAACGUCGAAAGCCUCAGAGCAGGACGAUGUCCUUAUCGUUGACUCCGAUGAAGAGAUGCCCUCGUCCAGUGGAAUGGAGACUAACGUGGAUAGCCGGAGCCUGAAGAGAAAACUGGAGGAUGAGGCAGAAAUUCUUGGUGUUAAGCGGAUAUGCACUGAGCAGGAAGAGGAGGAGGAGGAGGAGGAUGAUGUCAUUGCGUUGGAUUGAGCGACACGAUAACACCUCGUGCUGCUCUUGUAGUUGUAGCACCACAGUCUGUCGUCAGUUAUGGUGGGCUGGGUGGGGGAAUUGACGUCAGCACAGAACCUAACAACAAGCCACAGCCUUAAAUAACCGAUUGGCUGGU